AUGGCGAAGCCAUGCGUAAUUUUCAUGCUUUGCUCUUUAGUGAUUAUCAGUACUAGUACUGCUGCCGCAGGUGGCCUUAAAGAAGGGCCAGAAGCCGUCGAAGAGUGGUUCGAAAAGCUACCAUAUGCGAAAGAAAAAUUAACCAAACUUCAUUUCUACUUUCAUGAUACGGUAAGUGGCAAGAAUAUAACUUCUUAUACGGUGGCUCAAUCCAACAUUACAUUCAAGUCCCCAACUUCAUUUGGUCUAGUAAGUGUAGCAGAUGAUCUUUUAAGCGUGGGGCCGGAACCCGACUCGAAGAUCAUGGGUCGAGCCCAAGGGAUAUACGGUUCGGAUUCACUAGAAGAGUUGAAACUACUCAUGAUCCUAAAUUUGGCUUUCACGGAUGGCAAGUAUAAUGGUAGCACGCUUAGUGUACUUGGACAUAAUCCGAUUUUGCACAAGUACCGGGAAAUGCCUAUCGUUGGCGGCUCCGGUGUUUUCCGGUUGGCGCGCGGCAUCGCCACUGCACAAACCGUUUGGUAUAAUCUUACCACCAAUAACGCAGUUGUUGAGUAUACCGUAAUGGUUUUGCAUUAUUGA